UAUAAACUGGGCCGAAGAUGCCUUUCGUCACAUAACUUGCUUCACUGCACAUCUGAUCUCAUCCUCAACAUGGCACUGCACUCUUAUUUACUGCUGGCAGCUGCUGCCGUCUGCUGCUUCACAACCCUCAACGCAAUCCCAAUGGAUGGCUUUGCUACCAAUAACAUGUGUCAGUGUCUGACCACCAGCUCAUCCGUAAUCCCACCUCGACUAUUCCAGAGGAUUGAGAUCCUGCCUCCAGGAGCACACUGUCGCAAAACCGAGAUCUUGAUUACCAAAAAGGACAACAAAACAGUUUGCAUAAACCCUGAUGCACGAUGGAUCAACAAUUUCAUCUCAAAAGUAAUGAGAAGCAAACGAGCUGUAAAGGAAACUGCUGUGCCCACUGUGGCAUAAAUCAAUGUGGACAAGAACAACCGCAAGAAAGUUAUUUUCCAUUUUCUCAUCUUUUCCUUUCGUUCAAACAGCCAAAUCAAGCUACUACAGCCACAUUUUUUAAAAAAAUGUUAUCGUAGGCUGCCUACAAAACCUGUAAUUAUUUCUUUGAAAUAAAAAUCUCACAACCUUCUACUUUAAAA